UGAGGGGCAGGGCCGGCUGAGGGGCAGGGCCGGCGCCGAGCCCGCCCCGGAAGGCUCCGCCGCAGCCAUGGUGGUGCUGAGCGCGGCGCGGUGGAUCCGCAGCCGCCUCACCGACCGCUUCUGGAGGAAGCAGGAGGUGCUCAAGUACGCGCGGCAUUUUCGUGGGAGGAAGAACCGCUGCUACAAGCUGGCAGUGAGGAGCGUUCGCAGGGCGUUCGUGAAGUCCACCAAGGCCAGGGCAGAGAAGAAGAGAUUCCUGAGAGAGCUCUGGAUCACAAGGAUUGGAGCAGCUUCCCUUGAACAUGGUUUGAAGUACCCAGUCUUCAUAAGCAACCUGGUUAAGUCCCAGGUGGAGCUGAAUAGGAAAGUGCUCGCUGAUCUGGCUAUUUAUGAGCCAAAGACCUUCAAGUCCCUGGCUGCUUUAGCCCAGAGGAGGAGACAAGAAGGAUUCCUGGCUGCCCUGGGAGAUGGAAAAGAACCAGAAGGGAUAUUUUCACGGAUUGUGCGCCACCACUACUGAUAUCAAAGAGUCUGUAUAUAUGUGUUAUAAACAGGGAUGGGAUUGCAAAGUAAACCUGCUCUGUGACUGCUGCUAAGAUGGAAAAUAUGGGACAAUAUCCUCUAAGGAUGGUUCCAGCAGGAUGAGGUGGGUCUGGGUGUGAAGCUUCACCUUGGUGGCUUUUUCCUGUGUUGUUGUCACUGAAACCUGUUAAAUUAAAAGCACCGUUCAACAUUAGCAGUCAGGCCAUACAAGGACACACAUAGCCUGUUCUCUUAAUAACUUAAUAAAGAUAUUUUUUCGGUAACUUUGGAAAAAAACUCA